UCUCGCCCGCCGGCGGCCCACACCGGCAGUGGCUCUACCCGGCUCCAGCUUCCUCAUUCUGAGUUGCCAUCUCAGGAGCCCUGGGCCCUGGUGUGUCCCCCGCAGGCGCUGUCCAGUCCAGGCAGGAGAUGGCCUUGCGGCUGGGCCGACUGGGCUCUGGCCCCUGCUGGCGCGCGGCGCGGGGUGGUGGUUGCAGACAGCUGUGCGCCUGGUCGGCGCGGGGCACAUCCGCCCGUGUCUGCCGCCCGCCUGGCACGGCUGGCACUCUGCUCUGCCGCGGGCUGGGCCAUAGCCCCUCGGCUGGAGGAGGUGCUUGGCUGGGCACCGGGCUGGCCGCGGCGCUGGCGGGGCUGACGGGGCUGGCGGCCGCCGCCUUUGGGCACGUGCAGCGGGCGGAGAUGGUGCCCAAGAGCUCCGUGGCGCGGAGCCCCUCACCUGGGCGGCGGGAGGAUGAAGAUGACCUAGCCCGCCGCUGCAGCACCUUCAUGACCUCGCCGGUAACUGACCUGCAUGAGCUGAGGAGGCGGCCCGAGGACAUGAAGACAAAGAUGGAGCUGCUGAUCAUGGAGACCCAGGCCCAGGUGUGUCGGGCUCUGGCACAGGUAGACGGGGUAGCCGACUUCUCCGUGGACCGAUGGGAGAGGAAGGAAGGAGGUGGAGGCAUCACCUGUGUGCUUCAAGACGGCCGUGUUUUUGAGAAGGCUGGAGUGAGUGUUUCUGUCGUUCAUGGGAAUCUUUCUGAGGAUGCAGCAAAACAAAUGAGAAGUAGAGGAAAAGUUCUGAAGAUGAAAGAUGGUAAAUUGCCAUUUACUGCUAUGGGUGUGAGCUCCGUGAUUCACCCCAAGAAUCCUCAUGCACCCACUAUGCAUUUCAACUACAGAUACUUUGAAGUAGAAGAAGUCGAUGGUAACAAGCACUGGUGGUUUGGUGGUGGAUGUGAUCUCAGUCCAACGUACUUGAACCAAGAGGACGCUGUUCAUUUUCACCGUACUCUAAAGGAGGCUUGUGACCAGCAUGGGCCAGAUAUCUACCCCAAAUUUAAAAAAUGGUGUGAUGACUACUUCCAUAUAGUGCAUCGUGGAGAGCGCAGGGGCAUCGGGGGUAUCUUUUUCGAUGAUCUCAACUCUCCAUCCAAGGAGGAGGCGUUCCACUUAGUGCAGACAUGUGCAAAGGCUGUGGUUCCUUCCUAUAUUCCCAUUGUGAGAAAGCACUGUGAUGACUCGUUCACCCCCCAGGAGAAGAUGUGGCAGCAGCUCAGGAGGGGACGGUACGUAGAAUUUAAUUUGCUGUACGAUCGGGGCACAAAGUUUGGCCUCUUCACUCCAGGAUCCAGGAUUGAAAGCAUCUUGAUGUCUUUACCUCUAACAGCCCGAUGGGAAUACAUGCAUUCACCCCCAGAGAAUUCCAAAGAAGCUGAAAUUCUGAAAGUUCUACGGAAUCCAAGGGACUGGGUGCAUUGAUGGUGGCGGGGUGUUGCGCUGGGCCCCGUAGGUACAGGCAUGUGUCCUCCUCCCCUGGUAGGCACUGUUGCCACUGUGUCAGUCAGUCCUCUGUUGCCUUAGUGCUCUAGCGUUCUCUACCAGGGCACCACCUCUGUGGCAGGUGGUAGAGUGUUUUAGGUCUUGUUACUGCUAGGGUGAGAUGGCAGUGAUGCAUGGCAAUAUAAAAUGUCAGAAUUAAUUGAUGUAAAACCCAUUUGUACUUUUAGAAUCAUUUCCUAUGACAAGUUUACAAAAUUUGAUGCUGAGUUUCCAGAUGUUAAGGGAAUGUAAGUACUAUAAUAUGUACCUGGAAACUCUUCAUCUUAUUUGUGUUUCUUAAAGUUUUAGUUUUUGCCACAGAAGUAUACCAGGGGACACAUUUUAUCUUCAUUAGUUCAGUCAGGUUGACUUUCUUACUAACUUUAGAAUGCAACUCAAAUGGACAAGUUUUCCUUUGUGAUUCCUGAAGUCUCUUUGAUAUUAUUUUCAUACGUCUUUCUCUAUAGACCAGAAUAUUAUAAAAUAUUCAUUUUUUAUAAUGAUUGAUAUUUAGGAGCUCUUGAAAUUUUUUUUAGUCAAUUCUUAUGUUAUAAUUCAGUGACAUGGUUUAUUACUGUGACAUUAUUUUUAUUUACAAAAGGGACAUCUAAGUGAGAAUUUUGAUUUUUGUGGAAUCAUAACUUGUUAAUGUUGGGAUUCUAUACACUUUUGAAAAUGAAAGCUUAUAGCCCUGGAUUCUGAUACUUACAGUUUUGUAUUUCACACGUUCAUUUUUCUAUGGAAGUUUAGACUGAACAUAAUUAUAAGAUGUGGAUUUAGGGAAUGUUUUUCAUUUGGAAAAUGAAAUGAGAAAUGAUUCCUUCUUUCAUUAAAGAAAAUGGAGCUAGUCUGACAUUUUAUAGGCAUUUUAUACUUUCUUCGUUUGAAAAUAGACUGAUGGAAAUUGUCCUACUUUUCAAAUUAGAGAUUGUUCAAUUCUUGUUUCUCUUAAAAGUCACAACAGAAUUCUUAAUGUAUUGUUUCUUUGUCUAUAUAAUAGUUUGAAUGCAUUGUUUUAUUUGAAUUUAAUUUGUAAGGAGCAGUGUCUCAUACAUAUUUAAACAUUAUCUUGGAAUUUUUGGGAUGUAUGUGAUUGUGUUUGGCUCUUUUAGGAUUGAAAAUGUGAAAAUUCCUCAAUGUAUGUAACAACAGAUCCAACUAAUAAAUUUUAUUAUGAAAUAAGACAA